GCGGGGGGGCGGGGCUGCGGCGGACGCGCUGCGGGGGCGGGGAAGCAGCUAGCUGUCGGGAUCGGGCGGCGCGGGCGUCGGACGUGAAGGAGGCCUGGCUGGCGGCGUCGCAGGCCGGUGUGUGUGGCACGUGUUUCCUCCUCCUUCAACUAAUGAAGAAUGGGGGAGAUAGAAGGAACAUACAGAGCUUUGCCAACUUCCGGGACACGCUUGGGCGGCCAGACUUCUGUUGGAGUGAGUACCCUGGAACCGGAGCAGACCCUCUCACCCAGGACGCAGGAGAAGCACCUGCACAUCAGAGUGAAGCUGCUGGAUAGUACUGUGGAAGUAUUUGACAUUGAGCCUAAGUGUGAUGGACAGGUCUUACUGACACAAGUGUGGAAGCGUUUGAACCUGAUUGAAUGUGACUACUUUGGUCUGGAGUUUAAGAACGUCCAGUCCUACUGGAUUUGGCUUGAGCCCAUGAAGCCCAUCAUUAGGCAAGUGCGAAGGCCAAAGAAUGCAGUGCUUCGUCUAGCAGUAAAAUUUUUCCCGCCAGACCCUGGUCAGUUACAGGAAGAGUACACAAGGUACCUGUUUGCCUUGCAGCUCAAGAGAGACCUCCUGGAAGAACGCUUGCCCUGCGCUGCCACCACUGCAGCCCUUCUCAUAUCCCAUCUUCUGCAGUCGGAGAUAGGAGAUUAUGAUGAAGCCUUGGAUCGAGAACACCUCAAAGCCAAUGAGUACUUACCCAAUCAGGAACAAUCCCUGGAAAAGAUACUAGACUUCCAUCAGAGGCACACGGGCCAAACGCCUGCUGAAUCAGAUUUUCAGGUGCUAGAAAUUGCAAGAAAAUUGGAAAUGUAUGGCAUCAGGUUUCACAUGGCUUCUGAUAGAGAAGGGACCAAGAUUAACCUGGCAGUUUCUCACAUGGGCGUCCUCGUGUUCCAGGGAACCACCAAAAUCAACACUUUCAACUGGUCCAAGGUCCGGAAGCUAAGCUUCAAGAGGAAAAGGUUUCUCAUCAAACUCCACCCAGAGGUCCAUGGACCCUACCAGGACACAUUAGAAUUCUUGUUGGGUAGCAGAGAUGAAUGUAAGAACUUCUGGAAGAUAUGUGUGGAGUACCAUACCUUUUUUAGGCUUUCUGACCAGCCUAAACCAAAGGCAAAAGCUGUCUUCUUCAGCCGGGGCUCCUCCUUCAGAUACAGUGGAAGAACUCAGAAACAACUAGUAGAUUAUGUCAAAGACGGUGGGAUGAAGAGAAUUCCAUAUGAAAGAUGGCACAGUAAGACUCGGACGUCCGUUCAUGCUCUGACUGUCGAUCUGCCUAAACAGAGCAUCUCAUUCACCGAUGGCCUGAGAGCUUCUGCCUCCCUGUCUUCAGCAAAUGCCUCCUUUUAUGCACUCCCUGCUUCCUCUCUGUCCCCUUCUGGUAUGCUCAGUGUGAAGGACAGCAGCAGCUCCCUUUUGGAUCCCCAGGCUCCCUCCGUCAAGAGCACAGCAGCAGAGAGGAACAGCAGAACAUCAUCAUCCGAAGGCCCCAGCACGCAGUCGGCCCAUCUGCCUGGACCCCCUGUGCUCCAGCCUGGUCCAGGCUUUUCUGUGGAUAGCCCUCAGCCUUCUCCCUCCAGCCCGAAGAGCCAGCUGAGGCAGAGCCCUGAGCUUCAGGCCUCUCUGAGCACAACUGAGCAGGGCCCGUCCCCUGUUCUCAGCCCUGUCCUCAGUACAGCCAGGACGGACAACCAAGAAGAGCAGAAACACAAGCACCUGCCAGAAGACAAGGCCUAUUUCAUAGCCAAGGAGAUUCUCGCUACAGAACGAACAUAUGUGAAAGAUUUAGAAGUCAUUACUGUGUGGUUCCGAAGUCUGGUGAUCAAGGAGGACGCCAUGCCUGCCGCCCUGAUGACCCUGCUCUUCUCCAACAUCGAUCCCGUCUACGAGUUCCAUCGAGGCUUCCUGCACGAGGUGGAGCAGAGGCUGGCUCUCUGGGAAGGGCCCUCCAGUGCCCAUUUAAAAGGUGAUGAUCAACGAAUUGGGGACAUCCUCCUCAGGAACAUGCGUCAGUUAAAGGAGUUUACCAGCUACUUCCAAAGACACGACGAGGUCCUAACAGAACUGGAAAAGGCCACAAAACACUGCAAGAAGCUGGAGGCCGCCUACAAAGAGUUCGAGCUCCAGAAGGUCUGCUACCUGCCUCUCAACACCUUCCUCCUGAAGCCCGUGCAGAGGCUGGUACACUACCGCCUGCUGCUGAGCCGCCUGUGUGCUCACUAUGCCCCUGGGCACCGGGACUAUGCCGACUGCCACGAGGCACUGAAGGCCAUCACAGAAGUGACCACCGGGCUCCAGCACAGCCUCACCCGGCUAGAAAACCUCCAGAAGCUGACGGAGCUACAGCGGGACCUGGUUGGUGUAGAAAACCUCAUUGCUCCUGGAAGGGAGUUCAUUCGUGAGGGCUGCCUUCACAAGCUCACCAAGAAGGGCCUGCAGCAGAGGAUGUUUUUCCUGUUCUCAGAUAUGCUGCUAUACACAAGCAAAAGUGUCACCGGGGCCAGUCAGUUCCGGAUCCGUGGCUUCCUCCCUCUGCGCGGUAUGCUGGUAGAAGAAAGCGACGAGUGGUCAGUUCCUCAUUGCUUCACCAUCUAUGCGGCUCAGAAAACAAUCGUGGUGGCAGCCAGCACUCGGCUAGAAAAGGAAAAGUGGAUGCAGGACCUCAACACCGCAAUCCAGGCAGCCAAGAGUAUUGGCGACUCAGCCCCAGUGCUGCUGGGAGGCCCAGUGUGUACUCAGACCCCCAGAUCUUCCGAUGAGGUCUCUCUGGAGGAAUUGGAAGAUGUUCGAGGAACCCGGGGCUCCCUGGAAGGGAACAGCCAGCACCGGGCCAACACCACAAUGCAUGUGUGCUGGUACCGGAACACAAGUGUGUCCAGAGCAGACCAGAGUGCAGCUGUUGAGAACCAGCUUUCGGGAUAUCUGCUGAGAAAGUUCAAGAACAGCAACGGCUGGCAGAAGCUCUGGGUGGUCUUUACCAACUUCUGUUUGUUCUUCUAUAAAACCCAUCAGGAUGACUACCCCCUGGCCAGCCUCCCACUGCUGGGUUACAGUGUGAGCCUCCCCAGGGAGGCUGACAGCAUCCACAAAGACUACGUUUUCAAGCUCCAAUUCAAAUCUCACGUCUACUUCUUCCGGGCUGAGAGCAAGUACACAUUUGAAAGGUGGAUGGAAGUCAUUGAAAGGGCCAGCAGCUCACCGGAGAGACCCCCAAGCUUCACUCAGGACUGCUCACAUCUCUCUCCAGGGCUGGAGGCAGAGAUCAGAGGGAAGGAAGAAUGUCCUUCGGGUUGUAUGGACAAGAACCUAUGACCAAGGCUUUCAGGGAGUGUAGGUAUCACCCUCAGAGCUGAGCAACCAGAGCCAUCCUUCCACCAGCUGAAGGGUGGCACUGACCCUAGAAUGGGCCUUCAGACCUCCAGAAGGGGUUCUGCCCUCCCCAAACUCCAGUGAAGGUUCAUGAUGGCUGCGGCACAUGUCUAAGAUCCAUGAAAAAGAAAUGAGGGUUCUCGUUUUUUUGUGAGCACAGCCCCUGCUGAGGACUGGCCCCAAACACAGGACUGGAUGCUUCUACUUCUACCUGUAGCACCAAUAGCCAAAUUCACAUUGCCUUAGACAGCACUAUACUCAGGCUUAUGUGAUAACCUCAGGGUUAGCCUCCAGAUAUAGCGAAACAAGAGAAGGGCAAAAGCUACUCUGGUUCCCAGCCCACAUACCAUCUAGACAAGCAGAAACCAAAGACCCCACCACCAGGGCUCCUCUUAUUAGUUCCUGGUAUUUCUCAUCAAGUAGGGCAGGCCUAUGACUCCUGUUCACUUAUGUGACUUAUAAUGAAAGGAUAUAACCCCACCCACCAGCAUCCCCUCUGCCGUACUUUGUUCUCCAGCAAGCCAAAGGAAACUGUCAGGUUAUAUACCAACAUUUAGAAAGGACACUAGCUAAGAGGCUACAGAAACCCCAUCUGGCCAGGCUCCAUCAUCAGAAUGUCUCCAAUCCAGGUCUUUAUUGAAAUGGUAGGGCUUUCAAUACUCUAUGAAAACUAAUACUUACUGUCAGAAUACUUAGCAAGUUCAAUUUUCUUAAAAAAAAAAAAAAAAAGGGGGGG